AUGUUGAGGACACAGUCUACUGAAACGUUCAGGGGACUGUCCAGUGAGACGUUCAGGGGAUUGUAUAGUGAGACGUUCAGGAGACUUUUUAGUGAGAUGUUCAGGGGACUGUCUUGUGAGACGUUCAAGGGACCGUCUAGUGAGAUGUUGAGGACACAGUCUACUGAAACGUUCAGGGGACUGUCCAGUGAGACGUUCAGGGGACUCUCUAGUGAGACGUUCAGGAGACUUUUUAGUGAGAUGUUCAGGGGACUGUUUAGUGAGACGUUCAAGGGACCGUCUAGUGAGACAUUGAGGACACCGUCUACUGAAACGUUCAGGGGACUGUCCAGUGAGACGUUCAGGGGACUCUCUAGUGAGACGUUCAGGGGACUCUCUAGUGAGACGUUCAGGGGACUGUCCAGUGAGACGUUCAUUGGAUUGUAUAGUGAGACGUUCAGGAGACUUUUUAGUGAGAUGUUCAGGGGACUGUCUAGUGAGACGUUCAAGGGACCGUCUAGUGAGACGUUGAGGACACAGUUUACUGAAACGUUCAGGGGACUGUCCAGUGAGACGUUCAGGGGAUUGUAUAGUGAGACGUUCAGGGGAUUGUAUAGUGAGACGUUCAGGGGAUUGUAUAGUGAGACGUUCAGGAGACUUUUUAGUGAGAUGUUCACGGGACUGUCUAGUGAGACGUUCAAGGGACUGUCUAGUGAGACGUUGAGGACACCGUCUACUGAGACGUUGAGGACACCGUCUACUGAAACGUUCAGGGGACCCUCCAGUGAGACGUUCAGGGGACUCUCUAGUGAGACGUUCAGGGGACUCUCUAGUGAGACGUUCAGGGGACUCUCUAGUGAGACGUUCAGGAGACUUUUUAGUGAGAUGUUCAGGGGACCGUCUAGUGAGAUGUUCAGGGGACCGUCUAGUGAGACGUUCAAGGGACCGUUUAGUGAAACGUUGAGGACACAGUCUACUGAAACGUUCAGGGGACUCUCUAGUGAGACGUUCAGGAGACUUUUUAGUGAGACGUUCAGGGGACCGUCUAGUGAGACGUUCAGGGGACCGUCUAGUGAGACGUUCAGGGGACCGUCUAGUGAGACGUUCAGGGGACCGUCUAGUGAGACGUUCAGGGGACCGUCUAGUGAGACGUUCAGGGGACCGUCUAGUGAGACGUUCAGGGGACCGUCUAGUGAGACGUUCAGGGGACCGUCUAGUGAGACGUUCAGGGGACCGUCUAGUGAGACGUUCAGGGGACCAUCUAGUGAGACGUUCAGGGGACCGUCUAGUGAGACGUUCAGGGGACCGUCUAGUGAGACGUUCAGGGGACCGUCUAGUGAGACGUUCAAGGGACCGUCUAGUGAGACGUUCAAGGGACCGUCUAGUGAGAUUUUCAGGAGACUUUUUAGUGAGACGUUCAGGAGACUUUUUAGUGAGACGUUCAGGGGACUCUGUAGUGAGACGUUCAGGAGACCGUCUAGUGAGACGUUCUGGAGACUUUUUAGUGAGACGUUCAGGGGACCGUCUAGUGAGACGUUCAAGGGACCGUCUAGUGAGACGUUCAAGGGACCGUCUAGUGAGACGUUCAAGGGACCGUCUAGUGAGACGUUCAAGGGACCGUCUAGUGAGAUUUUCAGGAGACUUUUUAGUGAGACGUUCAGGAGACUUUUUAGUGAGACGUUCAGGGGACUCUGUAGUGAGACGUUCAGGAGACCGUCUAGUGAGACGUUCAGGAGACUUUUUAGUGAGACGUUCAGGGGACUUUUUAGUGAGACGUUUAGGGGACUUUUUAGUGAGACGUUCAGGGGACUUUUUAGUGAGACGUUCAGGAGACUUUUUAGUGAGACGUUCAGGAGACCGUCUAGUGAGACGUUCAGGGGACCGUCUAGUGAGACGUUCAAGGGACCGUCUAGUGAGACGUUCAAGGGACCGUCUAGUGAGACGUUCAAGGGACCGUCUAGUGAGACGUUCAAGGGACCGUCUAGUGAGACGUUCAAGGGACCGUCUAGUGAGACGUUCAAGGGACCGUCUAGUGAGACGUUCAAGGGACCGUCUAGUGAGACGUUCAAGGGACCGUCUAGUGAGACGUUCAAGGGACCGUCUAGUGAGACGUUCAAGGGACCGUCUAGUGAGACGUUCAAGGGACCGUCUAGUGAGACGUUCAAGGGACCGUCUAGUGAGACGUUCAGGUGUCCAAAAACAGUUGGUUGA